AUGGUUCGGCAAACCGCCCUGGUUCGACUAACGGUCUCCGUCGCCAAAUGCAGCCAGAAAACAGGCUUUGGACCUAAUCGGCUCUAUCGCAAAGGAGUUCAUUUCGUUGGGACAGAACCAGAUGUAUUGAAGUACCAUUUGCUUCAAGAUAAAAAGCCUGGCGAACCGUAUGGGUUACAAGGUACCAAUCAUCUUCUUCCAGGGAAGGGCAAAAUUCAUUCUCGUUUGCCCGUAAAGGUUCACAUGAAGAAAGAUAAAGUAUAUGCUUGGUGUAGUUGUGGAUACAGCGGAAAUCAGCCUCUCUGUGAUGGUACGCAUAAUUCCAUUCGAGUCCCAGAUCUCAAGUUAAAACCAGUACGGUUUAUUCCCGACAAAGACAUCACAGUUUGGUUUUGCAAUUGCAAACAAACCAAAAACCGACCAUUCUGCGAUGGAUCUCACAAGGAAAUUGUUGAUAAGGAUAAAACUGCUGGGCUUUUCGACUGA